CACUCUUUCAUUCAAUCAAAACAUUUCUAUCCCCUAUCGGGAACAAUUUUCUUACAAACUCUAAAUUUAUAAAAGAAGAGAUCAACAAACUUACUUUUUCUUUUACAUUCAACCCCUUCCUUUUUUAUCACCAUCAUCUUCAUCAUCAUCUUCUUCAUAGGAUAUUUACUAGUCUUCUCAAAAAACCAGUGCUUCUUCCUUUUGGAUCGGAAAAAAUGUCGGCUCAAAUUGCAGCAGAGCAUGUCUGUUAUGUCCAGUGCAACUUCUGCAACACAAUCCUCGUGGUUAAUGUGCCGGGGAUGAAUCUGUUCAACAAUAUUGUGACUGUAAGGUGUGGGCAUUGUGCUAAUCUUCUAUCGGUGAACAUGGGAGCUUUGCUGCAAGCGUUUCCUCUUCAGGAGUUUCAGAAAUUUCAGAAUCACCAAAUAGCAUCUCAAGUCAGCAGCGGGGACUGUGGUUCUUCUUCCAAAUGCAAUAGCACAUCAGCCAUGUUCAUGCAGGCACAUGAUCAACAACAAAUGUUACCAAUUCACCCUCCUGAGAAGAGACAACGCGUUCCUUCAGCUUAUAACAGAUUUAUCAAGGAGGAAAUUCAAAGGAUUAAGGCUUACAACCCAGACAUUAGCCAUAGAGAAGCAUUCAGUGCUGCAGCAAAGAAUUGGGCACAUUUUCCUCACAUCCAAUUUGGCCUUGGUCUCAAUGCAAAUAACCAGUCAAAGCUUGACGAGACGAUUGCUGCUGUACACGGUGGUGGGCAGAAGUCUCAGAGUUUAUACUGAGAAUACGGAUAUAUACGUAUGCCAAUCAAAUCCAUGCUACUGUAUUAUAUAUAUAUAUCCUUUAAUUGAAACUUGAAUUUUUCAAGUCGAAAUACCAAGACCUAGUUCACUUCUACAAGAUGACGAUAUUUACUGAUGUAUCUUCAAAUAAAUUGAUAUCUAAUUAGCUAGCAUGCAUGUUUGUUGAUCUCUUA